UCUCUCUCUUUCUUUCUAUUUUCUCUCAUAGCUUCUGCAAACAGUUCUAUCCCACAAGCGUCCAAACAAAGAGAAUUAAUGGAAAGUGAGAUUUGCAAGAAAGAAUUAUUUAGUUCUCUUUGUUGUUCUUGCUGCGGCUACUGAGGAUUAUUUGCAUAGUUCAUGGCUGUCUUGUUACUGUUAACUCUCUUCCUUAUUGAUCAUGAUAUCGAUGAUGGCAGACCACUAUGCAACUCCUGUUCCUCACCCUUUUGCACAAUAUAAACCCGAGAUUCCACACCCCUUCUCUUCUUUUUCUUCUUCCGCUUCUUCUUCUAAUGGGUUGUGCUGAGAUCAGACACGUGUCCAGCUUCGACAUCAUCGGAUUUGGUUUCUUGGUCUGUAGGGUGAGUUCAAUAUGACCAUGGUUCCUUCUCAAAACGGGAAACAUCAGAACAUUAACAGGAGUGGUGAUUAUGUUAUUUACGGUAGCACGACAACGAGUAGUGCUAUGAACCAGAUCAUUGAAGUUGAAGGAGGCUACAAUUGCUUACUAGGAUCUGAUUUUGUGGUGAGGAGGCACAUCAUGGCUGAGGCGGAAGAAUCGUCCAGACACAACAACAACGAGGAAGCUGAACCUGGUGGCUGUGGUUCGACCUCAAAGGAUGAAGAAGUAGAAGGAGCAAACACAAACACCAACACCAACAACAAUAAUAACAAUAACUGGCUUCAAUUAGGCAUAGGUUUGACGAGCACAAAGGAAGAACUUGAUCGAACCGUUCCAACAACAAUCGCCUCAGGGCCUGUGGAGUUAGACUUGCUGCCCUCACGGCGGAGGUUCGAUCAGCCGGCGGCGUUUUUUCCGGUGGUGACUUCCGGGAGAGGAGGAGGGUCUAGUUUUGGUGGUUCUUCUUCUUUGGUUUUCGAGCAUCAAACGACGUCGCCUUCUUCCAUGUCCAUGUCCAUGUCCAUGGCUAGUGGUCCAAUUACCUCAACCUUUGGUCAUCAAGAGAUGAUGAACUGGGCAUUUGGUCCACUGCUUCCUCCUUCGAUGUCUAUUAUGCCCUCUUCGUCCUCUUUCACUCCUCUUCCACCUCCGCCUUCUUCUUCUUCUUCUUCCUCAUCACAAACCUGUCACUCCUCUUUCAGGCCUCCCUUAGGAUCCUACUUUCCCACACCCUUUCAUCACUUUCCUUCUUCUUCUUCUUCUGGAUUUAAUCAAUACGACGUGGCCGGGGCAGGACCAAGCUCCGAUGUCACUGUUCGAGUUGUUGAUCCUCCCAGAAGACCUCAUUCUGGAAUAUGGUUCAUGUUACAAGCCUCUCAGAAUCAAGCGAAAGAACCAUUCUUGCCACAAAUACCUAAGAACUACCUUAGAAUUAAAGACGGAAGGAUGACAGUUCGGUUGCUAUUGAAGUAUCUGGUUAGCAAACUCAGACUGGAAAGCGAAUCAGAGAUAGAGAUAACAUGCAGAGGGCAGCAACUUUUACCUUUCUUGACGUUGCAGCAUGUGAGGGAUAACAUAUGGAGUCUCAGAGACACCACAACAUCUUUGCUUUCAGAUUCCUCAACCUCGGAUCAUGUCAUGGUGCUCCAUUAUGGUAGAACCACUGCUUAAGAACAACUAAUUAACUUCCAUGCUGUUAAUUGUAUCCUUGUUAACUUAUCUAAACUUCCUCAACCUCUUCUUUUUUUUUUUAGUUUUUUUUUCGAUUUAAUUUUCUAUUCUAAUGGGUUUUGAUUAUUAUUUAUUUUGAUUUUUCUUCCCCUUCUAUAUUUCUUAAUUGACAUGGAGAUUAUGGAAAAAGUCACAUAUAUAUAUGUCCCUCCAAAACAGUGUUUAUUCCAUUAGGGUUUUGGUUGGGGUGGGUAGAAUUACCCUAAAUUGUAUUCCCAUGUUGGACGGGGUGGGUGAGGAAUUGCCAUCAAAUGUAUUUUCAGGCACAAAACUCAAUCUAAUUUUAUCCACUAACCCUAUUCCCCUUUUACUCUCUUUUUAUUCUCAUUUAUAUAUAUUUUCUUCUGCUUAUAGACAAAAAGAGAAAAAUAAAAUAACUUAUAUUAUGAUUA